AUGGUCGACGCGACGCCACAAAAGCGGAAGCUACCAGCUCGCGAUCGUCGAGAUGGUGCGGCCAAGCGGAAACCAUCGUCCCCUGGACAGACCCCGGUUUCCAAUCCAAGCGCUCCAAAACAGUCCACGCCGACCCAGUCUGUCGAGCCUCGUCAGAAGCGCAAAUAUACUAAACGCGCCAGCCUGGUCAGGGUUUCAACUCCUGCUUCCAUCUCCUCCCCAUCUACUCCGGCCGUCGAAGAAACGUUACCUACCCGACUCGUUGCCAAUAAGCCACUGCCCACUCUCAAGCACAAACAACCGACCGACUUGUCUUUAAAUGAAUAUCAGUCCAUCGCGGAGAGCGCUGUACUUUCGGUGUCGCUGUAUCGAUCUCGCAUGCAAUGGUUGGUCGAUGGUGUAUUCAAAAAAUACUGGGUCAAACCGGUCAAGAGGAAGGGUGUCGUUGAAGCUCCUGCAAACAAUCCAGACGUCAAGUCGAUGCACAAACUAGGCAAUGCCACCGUUACUAUCGAGCCUCAUAUCUUUGAUGCCGUUUUCUACACCGUUCGUGACCCGUCAACACCUCAACCUCAUCAUCGCCAUGCCAAUCAGCACACGACGAAGAACAUGAUACCAUCACCAUCUCCCUACGGCAUGUAUCAUUCUCCAAGUCCGUUUCCUCGUCCGGGAUCACAUACACCUGCUCCGUCUGCGCCUCAGCAUCCAGCACCAGCAGCCCAGGCGAAGGCGAAGGCGAAGGCGCCAGAUCACUUGUCUCAACCGAACUCACAUUCACAAUUAACUGCGUCUCACAUGGGCCCGCUUCCCCAGCCUACGCCGCCCCAAUCGAACACGCCACCUCAGCAUAUUGCCCCUCAGGCCAUACCGCCGCAGCCGCAACCUGCCCAGGCUGGCAUUUCUCCUGCUCCCAUUAAACAAGAGGAGAUUCCUCAGCCGGUAAUAACCUCAGUUCGCCAAUCAACAUCUGCGCCGCUGGCCGCGUCUCAACCCAGAUCUUCCGCACCGACCCCGCCAGAACCUGCUCAGACGCCGGUUCCGAACCAGAAGCCGAGCCAGCCCCCAGGAGGGAGAGGGAGUACGACCGAUCCAGUCAUCCAAAUGCUAGCGGCGCGUGCCGCAUCAGACCCUCAGCUGAAAGAGCUGAUGAAGAUAGUGGCCACUUCGAAAGCGUCUGCGGAGCAGCUGAAAGAGUUUCAGGCUCAUAUUGACGAGUUCAACGAGGUGGUGCGAAGACAGGAAGCGGAGCGUGUUGCCAAGAGUCAAGAACGACUGCAGAAUGCUCCGCCGACGAAACCUCCAGGACCUACGCCCACGGAUGUGUCAAAAGAAGCGAAACCUGAACCCACCCCAACGGUUCCCCUGCAGCUGCCGCAUCCACCUCCUGCGCCGGCUACAGCACCUCCGUCGAUAAGCAAUCCCGCACAAGCUCCGCCACGACAGCCGCCUCCUCCGUCAGCACCAGGAACCUUGCCUGGAGUAAUGCACACGUUUUCUCCGCAAACAAUGCGACCCCCUCAUGGGCCAGGUACACCACUGGGCGGGUUUAUGGGCUAUCCUCCUCCUCCUCAACCACCACCACCACGACCGGAACCCAUCAUCAAGCAUAUUGUUUUGGAGUUGACAAGUACACCAUCAAGCAACCAAUCCCCAUGUCAAGACCGAUGGCUUUUUCCGGAACACGCCGUCCUUGAAAUCCGCUAUGGAGGCCUCGAGAUGGUCUGUUCGUUUCUCGUGGAACGCAAGGGCUCCGAUAUUCUAUCACGCCAAGGGGUGGGGUCUACCGGAGAAGAUGAUAACACCAUGCCUAUGAAAUGGAAGGCGGAGCAGGAAUAUUACCAGCCAGUGACGAUGACCAUCAAAGCGGUGAAUCACCGCACCAUCGAGACGAUUGCUCGGGCUGCCAAACCUCUUCCAAUUGUGCAAGGCUACAUGAAAGAGGUCAUGGAGAAGAAGGAAAGGGCGCCGGUGGAAUAUUUGGCGUAUCAAUUGCCCCGAGAAGGGAGCCAAAAUGCUGGGGCCGAACCGGAGACGACCACAUUUGUGGACAGUGGCGUGGAGUUGGGCAACGAGUCCUACUCAGAAGACGACGAAUUGAAGGACGUGUAUGGAGUAUGA